UUAUUUUAUCUAAUAGUAUAGGGUAGCUCUUUUUCUAUUUCAGUACCUUUGUAAAAAUGAAUUAGGGUUUCAUCUCGCAUUUUGCUUUCUUCAUUCACCACACUGUCACUCCGCAAACGCAGAGAGAGCUCUUCCUUAACCCUUCUCCCCCAUUCUGAUCUUUUCCCGCCACUUGGUGCCUCGGAUUUUGAAUACUAGCCGUUGGAUCUACCAUUUUUUUGUAUUUGAACCAAAAAAUUUGUUGACCGUUGCUCUCGCCGGAGUGAACGGGAAAUGUCUGCAACGGAAGCGGAGAAGAAGGCCACCGAGGGAGAGAACGAGGUCGUCAAAGGUGGAGAGCUCUUGUUCUGUGGCGGCACGUGCUGGGAUGUCGUUGGUCGUCGCAAAGGCUCCGUCGACGGUAACCUCGUCUCUCCCACGCGCCUCCGUCCUCUUGUUGGCGUUGACAUUCGCUUCGUUGCCUCUGGUUGCACUUCUUGUCAUUGUGUAGCACUUGACGUUGAAGGGCGUUGCUAUACAUGGGGUCGAAAUGAGAAAGGGCAACUGGGUCAUGGAGACACCAUUCAGCGUGAUAGGCCUACCGUGGUAUCUGAACUUUCCAAAUACAAAAUUGUCAAAGCUGGAGCAGGGAGGAACCAUACAGUGGUUGUGACAGAGGAUGGAAAUUCACUAGCCUUUGGAUGGAACAAGCAUGGACAGCUAGGUUCGGGUUCUGCUAAAAAUGAAAUUGAGUCAUCUCCUGUUCGCUGUCUUGUGUCUGAAGUAAACUAUACUACUUGUGGCGGUGACUUCACUGUUUGGUUGUCAUCUGUUGAAGGAUCUUCUAUACUGACUGCAGGACUUCCACAGUAUGGACAGCUUGGACAUGGAACAGAUAAUGAGUAUAAUUCCAAGGACAGCUCUGUGAAACUGGUGUAUGAACCCCAGCCACGUCCUCGGGCAAUUGCUUCUCUGUCUGGGGAAACAAUUGUCAAAGUGGCAUGUGGGACAAAUCACACAGUGGCGGUGGAUAAGAAUGGCUUUGUCUACACCUGGGGAUUUGGUGGUUAUGGAAGGCUAGGACAUAGGGAGCAGAAGGACGAGUGGACCCCUCGUCGCAUUGAUGUCUUUCAGAAUAGAAAUGUUUUGCCUCCCGAUGCAGUUAUUUCGGCUGGUUCUGUGAAUUCUGCGUGUACUGCAGGUGGAGGGCAGUUGUACAUGUGGGGGAAAAUAAAAAACACUGGUGAUGACUGGAUGUAUCCAAAGCCUCUAAUGGAUUUAAGUGGCUGGAAUUUACGAUGCAUGGAUUCAGGCAAUAUGCACCAUUUUGUUGGGGCUGAUUCCUCAUGUAUAAGUUGGGGCCAUGCUCAAUACGGAGAGCUUGGAUAUGGGCCUACUGGACAGAAGUCUUCAGCUGUCCCCAAAAAGGUUGAUAUACUUGAGGGCAUGCAUGUUUUGAGUGUUGCUUGUGGUAUGGGUCAUUCAAUGGUUAUUGUUGAUAGGACAAAUGUUGCUGAUCGACUUGACCAGCUUGAUAUCUAUGAUGGCAAAGCUUUUGGUGAAGAAAAUGAGGCUACAAUCAAAAUUCCAGUGGCUAAACAGAGUGCAAAAAAGGGUGCCAAGGGGGCUGAAAAUUCAAAGAAAAGGAAGAAAUCCAAAGAUUCCUCUGACUCAGAAGAGGAUGUUGAAGAAAAUGAUAAUAGUGAGGAUGAAGCUAACGGUGCGGCCGAGGUAAAAAGGUCACGUGGUGGAAAUAGUUCUGGUAGAGGCCGGGGUAAGGCUAAGGCAUCCAAAAAGUCAGGUUCUGGCAGAGGGUGUGGUGGUGCUCCAGCAUCGAACAAGAAUAGUACUAAAGACCCACCAGUGAAAUCCGGCAAGAGAGGGCGACCCCGAAAGUCUUGAAUUGGGUUUUGGCUGGAAAUUUUGUUCUCUACACAGAGAAUUGUAAUAGUAAUUCAUUGGCCGAUUCUCUCACUAAAAUUUCUGCUAUUUUGAAAUCUGGUCCCUCUUAAGUAUUUCUUAUCUAAUGCAAAUUUUUAAACUACGUCUAAGAUUUGCUGAUCGUUUUUAGGUGCAGAGGAUGUAUUUUAUACUUUUGUGAAGGGAAUAGUGGCUUAGGUUUGUAUUGGUCUUUUGCUAAUUUACCUGAUUGGUGACUUGGUUAGAUGUUUUGCUGAUGAAACUCGAGGUCAGUUGAACUGUUCUAAUUUUUAAGCCGAUAUGGUACUAUCUUCGAGAAAUUCUAUGUACUUCUGUAAUAGCAAAAAGAUAUAUAUGAUUAAUUUGUUCCUGAGA